CUUGCGGCCCGGCCCGCGCGGCCCCGUUUCCACGGCAACCGGCAGGGAAGAUGUCCGCCGGGGACCGGCGCUGCGGCCAGGCCUUCGCUUUCCGCGCCUUGCCCCAGAAAACCUUUUCCUUUCUGGAGGACAGGGAGAUCGGGGACCGACUCCUCAAAUGGUCCAUGCAAGGCAGGAUCACAGCACAAGCGUUCGGUUUUGACCAGCCGUUUAAGCCCUAUCAAAAGGAUGAAUUUGUUAUGGCAUUUUUUAAUGAUCAAAAUGUGAACUCCAGUUUAAGGUUGCUCUCAGCUUCAGGACAAUGGACUACAUUGGGUUCCAAAGUGAUAGAUAUUGAAGCUACAGUGGUUCCCUGUACACAGACUUCCAUGUCAUUUUUCGAUCGCCUAUACUCUGAAGGAGUUGUUAGAGAAACUGGAGACAUUGUGAAAUGUUAUGAUGACUGUUACGAUGAUAUUCUCAUCUCUGAUGAAUUAAGGAAGGUCUUGCUUCUGGAAGAUUCAGACCAUUAUGACUUAUUCAGUCAACUGGAUCGCCAGGAAUUUCUGUUCUGUCUUUUUAAGCAUCUUUGCAUUGGAGGGACUCUUUGCCAGUUUGAGGAUGUAGUUGACCCGUACUUAGAAACUACAAAAGCUUUAUAUAAAGACUUGGUGAGUGUUCGAAAGGAUCCUGAAACAAAAGAAGUACAUAUUAUUUCUACAGUCUUCAGGGUGUCUGCAUAUGAUGAUCAUGGCCUGUGCUACCCAUCGAGCAAAAGCCACCAACAGACUUUCGCUUACUUGAUUGUGGAUCCCUGCAAGCGACACGUGCACACUCUCUAUCACUGCUUUGGUGGAGGCUUAUUUAGUAACUAGUUACCAGCCUGGCUCUUCUCCAGUUCUAUAAUGGAGGCGCCCUGCUCUGUGCACGGAUUCGGGCUGAAGUUUCCCGGCUCGCUCAGGAAGGACGUGCUGCUCCAUCACACCCUCGGAAUGGCCACACGGUCACGUAGAUGUUGCGACGGGGGUAGCAAUAAAAGUUUUGUGUAACUUUUCUGUAUUGAAAAAGCAUACUGAUUGAAGCUGUUUUCCUGGCAGUUUUGUCCUCUCUUCCCUCACCCGUUUUAUCUAAUAAAAGGUUGUUUCUCUGA